AAGCCAUUAGGUUUGAAGCCUCGGAGGCUGAUGUGUCCGAAUGAGACAUCCCCCGUUAUAGCUCUUUGCUCGCCGUGGGCGGCCUUCCCAUGGUGUUAGCUUACGCUGAUAUUCUCGGCGCUGUGCAGCGCCGUGCUGCCAUUGGGCGCCCGGCUUCGGAUCAGCCGGCGCGGAGCGCACGCCCACGCACCCGUGUCCCACUUGCCGGUGCGGUGUGGCCGGCGUCUUCCGCGCUCGCGAUAUGUGGAUGGCGUGCGCGGCGCCAUGGCCGCCAUGGCCGCAAGGCCAGGGCAUCCAGAGAGGAGAAGCAAAGCCAGUCUGAAAAGAGAAAGGUCACAGAAGAACCACCGCCUGCGCAGUACUCAGAGCCAGAAGUGAUGGGCUGGAACUCAGCCAACUGGCCACCAACGAGCUUGCGGCAGGUGAUGAACUUGUAUGGUGGGACCCGACGCUUUCUGAUCGUCAACGUGCCGCUUCUGUUCGUGGCGCUUGGGGCGAAUUUUUUUGGGUCACUCAGCGCGUUGCUUUCACAGGAAGCGCUUGCGCCUCUGGUGCGGGAUUGGAGGCUGGAUGGGGUCUACGCGGUGCGGGGCCUAAAGCGGCACUACAUCGAUGGCCUGUCCUGCACCUUCACCUACCCGGGGGAUUGGGUCUACGACCCUGGCCUGGAGAUCUCUCGCUUCCGGCGCGAGGAACAGGCCUAUUCCAGCCGCGGCGCGCGUGGCGGAUCCCCACUGCCGCUCGUGGCAGUCAAGCCCGACAAAGGCAGUGCCAGCCUUGCGCUUUACGCGUUGCCGGCAGCGGGGCAAUCCUUGCAGCAGGCCCUUGGGUCGCCCACUGACGCGGAGAGCAUCGCGGGACCCGUGGCCUUGGGCUACUUGCCCGCAAAGAAAGGCAGAGAGGCGGUCGCAGACCUCCUCCUUGCAAAGUCGCUGCCUGCCGAUGGGGCACGGCGUGAGAGCUACCGCCUGCAGUGGCGAGUGCUCUACAAGGACUCCCAGGCCCCAGAGCAGAGCCCCUCCUGGGACAUCUAUGCGAAUCUACAGCUGGUAAACCGCGGGGACAAGAGUUACAUCUUGCUUUUGGCGGGGAGCCUUCCGAUAGGUGAAGAUGCGGCGAAGGAUCAAGUGCGAUCUGCCACGGAUAGCUUGGAGGCUUUGGUCUGACUAGAGUCGGUCAUGACUGCACAUUGUUUUUCCACUCAGGGAUGACAAGGUCCUGAGCGCAAAGGGCGCCUAG